AUGAGAUGGUUUCCAUUAAAGGAUUCAAAGCGACUAAUCCAGUGGUUGAAAGCAGUACAACGGGACAAUUGGAUUCCCACCAAAUAUUCCUUUCUCUGCAGUGAACACUUCACUAAAGACAGCUUUUCAAAACGGCUGGAAGACCAGCAUCGGUUACUGAAACCCACCGCCAUCCCAACUAUAUUCCACAUUUCUGAAACAAGGAGCAACAACAGGGGUUAUGUCAAAAGAAAGAGAAAAAUAAUAACCCAGACUCUACAAAGAAAUGGCAAUCAGUCAAAUGAAGGCAAUGGGGAAGUAGUUGAAGGAAUCUUAUCAUCUGGCCAAGACUUGCUUGUGGAAGGAACUAAUAAUAUGGAGCACAUGACUCUUCAAGCUGAAAUUGGGUCAAUGACUGAGCAGGGGGAGAAUUUUCAGGUGCAACUUGAAGGUUCUCUCAGAAGGAUGUUAGCAGAUAACUUAGUUACGAAAGUUACUCAACAUAAGCCAGAAAAGCAUUCUAUUGAGGACCAUUCUGAAGUGGUUAUCCAUCCAGGAAGUUUCAAAAUCGAUAAAAAUGGUAUAUCAGAGGAUGACUUCACACCUCCGGUGUCAGGUGCAUGUAAAUUUAUCGGAUCUCUUCAUUCUUAUAGCUUUUUCUCCAAGCAUACUAGAGAGAAAUCAUCAUUUCCAAAGGAACAACUAGAAAGAAAAAGGUUAAGGAGAAGUGUGGAAUCAAACUGUGGUAACAACCCUGUGGAGCAGGACACUAGGUUUAGAGAAGCCUCCUCUACUUCUUCUCUUACAGCUAUCCCCCAGAAAUCUUCCCAAAACAUGUCUGCAUCCCCUGCAGAUCUGACCCCUAAACCAGCCACAGAAGCUGUAGUAGGUCAGAAUGGAGAGACUGAUGCCAACCCCAUGUCAAUCAAUGAGGUCAUUAUGUCUGCUUCGGGAGCAUGCAAGCUGAUUGAUUCCCUUCAUUCCUACUGUUUCUCCUCUAGGCAAAGUAAAAGUCAAGUAUGUUGUUUGAGAGAACAAGUAGAAAAGAAGAAUGGAGAGCUGAAGCAGCUGAGGCAAAAGAUCAGCCGCUCUGACAGCCAGGUUAGAAAGCUGAAGGAAAAGCUGGAUGAGCUGAAGAGGGCUAAUUUCCCCUUCUUGAACAACCAGGACUGUGGUUAG